AUGGGAGGAGGAAUAAAUCAAACAUUUGUGACAGAAUUUAUUAUCUUGGGAUUCCCCAGCCUGAAGAAGCUGUACCUGUUUCUGUUUCUGCUUUUCCUACUUAUCUACUCAUUUACUGUAACGGGCAAUAUAAUAAUUUUUAUCACUGUGCUAACAAACUACAAACUGCAGAUCCCUAUGUUUUUUUUCCUUAACCAUCUGUCUGCUAUGGAAAUAUGGUACACGUCAGUCAUUGUACCUAAGAUGUUGUCCACGUUUGUGACAAACAAUAGGGCCAUAUCUUUCAAAAACUGUAUGAUUCAGUUGUAUCUAUUUAGCUCCCUUGGAGCUUCUGAGUGUUAUCUACUAACUGCAAUGGCCUAUGAUCGCUAUCUGGCUAUUUGUAAUCCUCUGCAUUAUUCUUCCAAAAUGACCAACACAACCUCACACCAUUUGGCCUCUGGGGCUUGGGUUGGUGGCUUCCUGUCUCCAAUCCUCCCAGUUGUAUUAAUAUCAAAGCUUGUUUUCUGUGGUCCUAAUCAAGUUAACUACUUCUACUGUGAUGCUCAACCUCUUCUCAAACUUUCUUGCAGCAGCACUCAGUUUACAGAGACAGCCAUCUCUGUAUUGGCUACUGGCCUUAUAUUUAGCUCCUUUGUCCUAACUGUACUCUCCUACAUGUUCAUUAUUUCCACCAUUUUACGGAUCCCUUCAGCCAUUGGAAGGAAAAAGGCCUUUUCUACAUGUGCUUCCCACCUGACUGUUGUUAUGAUAUAUUAUGGCACAAUAACAGCCAUGUACAUGCAACCUAUGUCUAGAUUCUCACUAGACAUCAACAAAGUGUUAUCUUUGCUGUAUACAGUGGUGACUUCUAUGUUGAAUCCCAUUAUCUACAGCUUGAGGAAUAAAGAGAUGAAGGACUCUGUGACAAAGUUUUUCAAAAGAAUAAAUAAAGGGAAGGACUUUGAAUAA